AUGUCUUUAUCUGUUCCACCAUGUUUCCUACCCCCAAGGCUUCCUCAAGCUGAAGACUACCAGCCUGAACUCGACAUCUUCCUUCUCGAAAACGUCAUGAAAGCCCUUCGUGGAUUCAAGCAGAGCGCCCCCACAAGCCAAGCAGGGACUCUUACAAUUGCUUUGGAGAUGACCUCACGCUUCAGGCAAACUUUGGGGUCAUUUGGUGAACUUGAUGAAGAUGAGCUCCAUGACGAGGAUAGGGACACUACCCAUCCCAAGAUUAUCACUGAACUGUUCAUGGCUUUCCUACGGCCAAUGUAUACAAACAUGCAGGCUACCCAAGUGAUGAAGAACACGCGCGAGGAGGUUAUGUGGCUCAAUACUCGCCGUCCCUGGCGCAGGUCUUCGCUUUGGCUCAUGAUUCGGAUCGUGCUCCAGCUCGCUUUCCGCAGGUUAGGCAUAUAUCAGGAAACGGAUGAUUCCGAUAAGCAAUUCAUAGUCUACUUUCUGGGUUCCGUGCUCAGGUCCUCGCACGACCUGCUGCCUAGCAAGUGCCCCCAUAUCAUGAGUACCAAAAUCGUGCGUCGCUUGCUCAAUCUCAGCUUCUCGAAUAAGGCCUGUUGGUAUACUCCCGUUCAGCGUGCCUUAGAAAAAGCAAAGGAUACUAUUCAGUACCGCUGGCGCAAAAUCAUGGCGCACGAGAAUCACUACACCGAUUUUUCAAAGCUAACUAGUUUGGGCUUUAUUUUGAUAUCUACUGCUCUCUACCCGGUCUCGAUGCUAACCUGGAAAAAGAUACAGAAUCGGAAACGAUUGGACCGUGAACCCCGGGGAGAUCACACCCACCUUCAGCACUUAUCAUAUUUGCAGUCGAGAAACUACCGGGUCAUCUGA